UAACCUAACCUAACCUAACCUAACUUAAUCAGUAAACUAAUUGAGAGCUCACUGAGCGGUUGUCAUUCAUAAUGUAUUCGAUCUUGUUACAUAAUUAUUAAAGCGUAACAAGUUUUUAAGAAUUGUAUUUAUUUGUUUUUGACAAUUAUUUUAUCAUUAACAAUCUGUAUUUUAUAACAAUGAUGGAGACUGUUACAAUCGUAUCGCCAAUAUUUUAAUUACCGAGACCAAAGGAUGCAUCAAAAAAUACAAAUGCUCAGGUAAGAUGUAUCGAAAAAUGGAAAAUGUUUCCAGUGAUAUUAUUGUACAGGGAUAAAUAUACCUGAAUAUAAAUGGCAAAUGUGUACUUAUUAAUUUUUUCGGAUGACUCACAUUUUUGACAUAUGAUUUGUAAGUUAUAGAGACUCUCCUCUCUUUUUUAGUCAUUUAAAGCAUUUGGUGCUUUUUAGGACAUUUUAGUAACUUUCCAGGCUCCCAUUUGAAAUAUUUUUUCGACCCGCGGCAACACUGCUUCCCAGUUUCCCACCAUCCAUCACGCGGCAAUCGGCGUACAUGAUAUGUGAUAUGAUAACGAACUGGUAUUCUACCAAUACAAUUUUGUCUUCGACGUGAUAUUAUGUUUUAAUUCUUUUGUCGAAGACAAAAUUUUGGCAAUAAAUUGAGUUGGAACUGUUGGAAGCCCAAACAGAGGCCAAUUUCAAGAAGAAGUAGUGAUAAUAACGGAAAUACACAAAUAUAUAUCCACUGAAGGAAUAUUAACGAUUAUCUGCAUUGCUUCUCAAAAUGUCACAACAAAGUGCUAUCGUCCAGACAACGACGGCGACUACGACGGUCUCGGAAAUGACGCCGGUGCUUGGAACUCUACAGUCUGUGGGACCUAAUAAUCAGGCGCCAUCAGUUCUGUCUAACGUGCAAAGUGGCACUACGACAACCGCUGUACAACCACAAACGCAAUCUCAACAAACUCAGUACGUUCCCCAAACUCCGAAAUCGGUGCAACAGUCAUCCACUCCAAGUUCUUUUAGCGAUUUUCCACAAUUUUUAACAAAAACGAGACUACAAGAUUUGGUAAGGGAAGUAGAUCCCACUGAACAGUUGGAUGAAGAGGUAGAAGAGAUGCUUUUACAAUUAGCAGAUGAUUUUGUGGAAACAACAGUAAAUGCUGCUUGUCUGUUAGCUAAACAUCGUCAUGCAAACACAGUGGAAGUUAAAGAUGUACAGUUACACUUAGGAAGAAAUUGGAAUAUGUGGAUUCCUGGGUUUGGUACAGAUGAAGUUCGUCCAUACAAGCGAGCUACUGUCACUGAGGCACAUAAACAAAGAUUGGCGCUUAUACGAAAGUCUAUCAAGAAAUAUUAAUUCUUUUGUGAAUUAGUUUUUCACUUUUGAAAAUUAAGAACUU